AUGGGGAGGGGCUGCAAUCGGUCCCGCCGGACUCUGCCCCGCACCAUCCCGCACCACAUCCCACUGCCCCUCACCGCUCCAUCCCGCACCACUCUGCCCCGCACCAUCCCGCACCACAUCCCACUGCCCCUCACCGCUCCAUCCCGCACCACUCUGCCCCGCACCAUCCCGCACCACAUCCCACUGCCCCUCACCGCUCCAUCCCGCACCACUCUGCCCCGCACCAUCCCGCACCACAUCCCACUGCCCCUCACCGCUCCAUCCCGCACCACUCUGCCCCGCACCAUCCCGCACCACAUCCCACUGCCCCUCACCGCUCCAUCCCGCACCACUCUGCCCCGCACCAUCCCGCACCACAUCCCACUGCCCCUCACCGCUCCAUCCCGCACCACUCUGCCCCGCACCAUCCCGCACCACAUCCCACUGCCCCUCACCGCUCCAUCCCGCACCACUCUGCCCCGCACCAUCCCGCACCACAUCCCACUGCCCCUCACCGCUCCAUCCCGCACCACUCUGCCCCGCACCAUCCCGCACCACAUCCCACUGCCCCUCACCGCUCCAUCCCGCACCACUCUGCCCCGCACCAUCCCGCACCACAUCCCACUGCCCCUCACCGCUCCAUCCCGCACCACUCUGCCCCGCACCAUCCCGCACCACAUCCCACUGCCCCUCACCGCUCCAUCCCGCACCACUCUGCCCCGCACCAUCCCGCACCGCAUCCCACUGCCCCUCACCGCUCCAUCCCGCACCACUCUGCCCCGCACCAUCCCGCAUUGCAUCCCACUGCCCCUCACCGCUCCAUCCCGCACCACUCUGCCCCGCACCAUCCCGCACCACAUCCUACUGCCCUUCACCGCUUCGUCCCUUAUCGACCUGCUGAUGGUGAGCGAGGCCCGGCAGAUGGCCAGCAUAACACACAAGAUCCGGAUGGAGCUCCUGACGAUCAACGACGUGUAUCUCCUCUCCACCUUCCGCCUGCCCCCCAAGCAGGGGGGCACCCUCUUCGGCCUCUACUCCAAGAAAGACAACACGAGGUGGUUGGAGGUCUCCGUGGUGGGGAAAAUCAACAAAGUCCUGGUGCGGUACCUGCGGGAAGACAACAAGCUGCACUCGGUCAACCUGCAGCAUGCGCCGGUGGCAGAUGGGCAGAGUCACACUGUCAUCGUGCGCCUGAGCGGGCUGCGCGGGGACAUGCUGAGCGUGGAGCUCUAUGUGGACUGCAAGCAGGUGGACUCCAGUGUGGGGCUGCCUGAGCUGUCUGAGAUCCCGCUGGCUGAGGUGGAGUCCAUCGAGGUGCGCACGGGGCAGAAGGCCUACCAGAGGAUGCAGGGGUUUGUGGAGUCAAUGAAGCUGAUCCUGGGAGGGUCCAUGAGCCGUGUUGGGGCCUUGAGUGAGUGCCCUUUCCAAGGAGAUGAAUCCAUUCACAGUGCAGUGACAAGCGUGCUGGCCUCCAUCCUGGGUGAGCAGACCAAGGCGCUGGUCACGCAGCUAACCCUCUUCAACCGGGUCCUGACCGAGCUGCGGGAAGACAUUAGGGACCAGACGAAGGAGAUGUCUCUGAUCCGCAACACCAUCAUGGAGUGCCAGGUCUGCGGCUUCCAUGAGCACCGUUCCCGUUGCAACCCCAACCCCUGCUUCAGCGGUGUGGACUGCAUGGAGACAUACGAGUACCCUGGGUACCGCUGUGGGCCCUGCCCGCCUGGGCUGGAGGGCAAUGGCACAUACUGUGCUGACAUUGACGAGUGCUCUCAUGCCAACCCCUGCUUCCCUGGCUCCAAGUGCAUCAACACAGCCCCUGGCUUUCGCUGCGAGCCCUGUCCCCGUGGCUAUCGGGGCAACACUGUCUCUGGUGUGGGGGCUGACUACGCCAGGGCCAGCAAGCAGGUUUGCACUGAUAUUGAUGAAUGCAAUGAUGGGAACAACGGGGGCUGUGACCCCAACUCUAUCUGCACCAACACGCUGGGCUCCUAUAAGUGUGGUCCCUGCAAGUCUGGGUUUGUGGGGAAUCAGACGUCCGGCUGCGUCCUGCAGCAGUCCUGCAGCACUCCCACCAACAACCCCUGUGACGUCAAUGGCUUCUGCAUGUUUGAGAGGAACGGUGAAAUUUCCUGUGCGUGCAAUGUGGGCUGGGCUGGCAAUGGCAACGUGUGUGGGCAAGACACAGACCUUGAUGGCUACCCAGACGAGCCCCUGCCCUGCAUCGACAAUAACAAGCACUGCAAGCAGGACAACUGCCGCCUGACACCGAAUUCAGGGCAGGAGGACGCUGACAAUGAUGGCAUCGGGGACCAGUGUGAUGAUGAUGCUGACGGCGAUGGCAUCAAGAACGUGGAGGACAACUGCCGGCUCUUUCCCAACAAGGACCAGCAAAACUCAGAUACUGACUCCUUUGGGGAUGCCUGUGACAACUGCCCCAACGUGCCUAAUAAUGACCAGCGGGACACGGACAGCAAUGGCGAGGGGGACGCUUGCGAUAAUGACAUUGACGGGGAUGGGAUUCCCAACAUGCUGGAUAACUGCCCCAAGGUGCCCAACCCUCUGCAGACUGACCGGGAUGAGGAUGGUGUCGGGGAUGCCUGUGAUAGUUGCCCUGAAAUGAGCAACCCCACUCAGACAGAUAUGGACAGUGACCUGGUAGGAGACAUCUGUGACACCAACGAGGACAGCGAUGGGGACGGGCAUCAGGACACCAAGGACAACUGCGCUGAGAUCCCCAAUAGCUCCCAGUUGGACUCAGAUAAUGAUGGGCUGGGAGAUGACUGUGACAAUGAUGAUGACAACGAUGGCAUCCCUGACUAUGUGGCACCUGGCCCUGACAACUGCCGCCUCAUCCCCAACCCCAACCAGAAGGACUCAGAUGGGAAUGGUGUGGGUGACGUGUGUGAGGAAGACUUUGACAAUGACACAGUGGUGGACCAGUUGGAUGUGUGCCCUGAGAGCGCCGAGGUGACACUGACAGACUUCCGUGCCUACCAGACUGUCAUCCUUGACCCCGAGGGGGACGCCCAGAUUGAUCCCAACUGGGUGGUCCUCAACCAGGGCAUGGAGAUUGUGCAGACCAUGAACAGUGACCCAGGCUUGGCUGUGGGCUACACGGCCUUCAAUGGGGUGGACUUCGAGGGCACCUUUCACGUCAACACCAUCACUGAUGAUGACUACGCCGGCUUCAUCUUCAGCUACCAGGACAGUGCCAGCUUCUACGUGGUGAUGUGGAAGCAAACAGAGCAGACCUACUGGCAGGCUACCCCCUUCCGCGCUGUGGCCGAGCCAGGGCUGCAGCUCAAGGCAGUGAAGUCCUCGACUGGCCCUGGGGAGCACUUGCGCAAUGCACUGUGGCACACUGGGCACACACCUGACCACGUCCGCCUGCUCUGGAAGGACCCUCGUAAUGUGGGUUGGCGGGACAAAACCUCCUACCGCUGGCAGCUGACCCACAGGCCCCAGGUGGGCUACAUCAGGUGA